AUGACAAAAAGUCAGGAGUACCUGAAUUGUGAAAUUCUAUUAUCAUAUUUGUUCUCCAGGUGGAUAAUAGAACCAGAAGAGUUUCUGAGGAAUUAUGAUCCCACAGAACGGCCCGCCAAGACUUUUCUGCUGUAUGAAAUCUGCUGGAAUAACCGACGCAACACCUGGAAGAACUGGUGUACAAACACCCGUGACCUCCAUGCUGAAAAGAAUUUUUUGCAAAAUUACUGUGAGAAGAUAAGUCUCCGGAAAAAUACACCAUGCUCAAUAAUUUGGUAUCUGUCUUGGAGUCCUUGCCAUUCAUGCAGCCAGGAUAUAAUUGAGUUCUUGAGAGCACACCCUAAAGUGAGACUAGAGAUAAAAGCUGUUCAUCUGUACAAGCAUCAAGACGAGCGUACCCAAGAAGGCCUCAGGGAUCUAGUUAGAAAUGGAGUUAAGAUAUCUAUCAUGCAUCAGUCUGAUUAUUGCAACUGUUGGAGAACAUUUGUGGUUCCUCAAAGGACAAGUGAAGUUUAUUGGCAUUUGCCAUUUACGAGGCAUUUCUUAUCUCCCAUUAGUGAUUAUUCCAAAAAACUUUCCUCAAUUCUUGAGGAUCUGAGCUCUGAACAAUAAUUCCCUUUGCUAUCAGAUUGCCUUUCAUGGAUCAACAGUCCCAAGUGGAAUUUCAAAGAAACCUGUGCAAAAUCCUUCGCUUUGAUCUUUGAUUGCUGUUUUUAAAUUGUUUUAAAUUGUUUUUAAAUUGUGUUCGAUUUUAGCCUGUUCUUGUAAGCCGCUCCGAGCCCCAGGAGAGUGGCGGCAUAUAAGUUCGAAUAAUAAACAAAUAAAUAAAUAAAUAAAUAAAACCAGCAAAUAUAAAUUUUAAAUCUUUCAAUGAAAUACCUGUGUAUGCUUAGAUUUUGAAUCCAGCAGUGUCUCGCUUGUGCAAUAAAAAUGUCAAAUUCAGAAACUUUUGUCUUCUUAUAUUUUGCACCACCAUGGAAACUACCAGCUGGAGGGGCCAACCCAAAGCAUUCAGAGAUGUGGACAGAAAAUCCAGGUGACAAAGACCGAGGUGGC